AUGGAAGAAGAUAAGAUGGCUGAGGAGGCGUGUGAAAAGUUGUUUUUUUCUGGAAAUGAAGACGCCGAAACCGGAGCGUCCACGCAGGAGAGACUGCCUCGUGGAGAACAACAACAAGCAAAGUCGUGCAGCCCUGGGAGAAUUUCCAAGCUGGAGAGAGAUUUGCUGGCAGUAGUGACUGACAUCCAAGCUGCAGCUGACGCCAAAGAAUCCAAACGAAGGGAAGAGCUGGAGGAAGCUCGCAGGAUACGCUCCGAGCUGCUGGAGAAGGACGUCAAGUCCAGCCAGCAGAAGUUUGAGGAGAUCACUGCCAGGUGGGCUUUGGCCGAGCAGGUGGUCGUCCCUCAUGAGCGGCAAGAAACCUUAAAGUGGCAACAGCUCUUGUGCGCGGAACUCAUCGAGGACAAGAGGAAAGUCAUCAAAGACCUGCAGCAGCAGGAGUUGAAGCGUGCAGAUCAUCGUUACGUGAAAGACUUGAGGAGGCAGGCGGAGGAGUUGGAUCUGAUGAUGCGACGCUCUGAAGAGGUCAUCACUACUCUGACGCAGGCCUACAGGGAGGAGCUGGAUCACAUUGAGAGCAUCUAUCAGCAGGAGCAUGAUGUCUUGCUCACAAAAGACCAGACAGAAUGGGAGCAGAGCCUCAAGGAGAUGUGGGACAAGCAGCAAGAGAGGCUGGCGGAGAGGAAAAAGACAGUGGAGGAGUACGAAGCUAAAAUUCGCGACCUGAUGAUGGAUCCGGAAUAUAAGUACGAUGCCGAGAGGGCCGAACACUUUGCUGACGUUCAGGUUCUGGAGAGGGAACAUCAGCAAAUGCUAGCCGACAGCAUGAUCAGCAAUGUCAACUACAUCAAAGACAAGCAUGACAGAGAGAUUUACAACUUAAGCCACAUGAAGAGUAGAAUCCUCAGUCUGCAGACGGAGAUGAAAAACCUGAAGUCCACUUGUGCGAGCACCAAAAAACAGUCAGAGAAGCAGAGCAGUUGUCUGUCCAAUGACUACAAACGCAGCAUCGAGCAAUACCAGUGCGUGCAGCGGAGAAUCAGGCACUUUGCUGUCGCUGAUGCCAGACAAUUUGAGGAAACCUGGCGAAUGCUUGACAAGGAGGUGAGGCAACAAGCGGAGAAGGCUUUGCUAAUUGACUCCAUCAUUUACAAGCAGCACCUCGGCCUAGCCUGGGCGAGACCUCCAGGGGCCUCCGCCGUGGAUCUGUCAGGUCCAGACAACCUUCGGAAACGAGCCGGCCCGGAACACGGCGGGGCUGGGAUGGACGAAGCGGCUGCAGCAUCGGAGGAGGAGGAGGUGCCCUUGGAGACCAUGAAGGAACUCAUGGAGCUGCUGUGUGAUGAGUUGGACUACCUCACAGAGGACAGACUCCAGCUGUUGGAAACCCUGGGCAAGAAGGAACAGAAUGUUGUGAAGCUGGAGGCUCUUCUCCAUGUUUUUGGCAUGGAAGAGGAGGAUAUACCCAAACUGGCUGACUUCCUGCUGAAGUACCAGCAGAGGCAGCCAGCUGAGGGCCGUUCUGCUGGUCCAGUUGAAUCCGGUGACAAGUCACAGGAAAGCGCCACCAGCUCUGCGUGUAGUCCUAACCACAUCCUACCUGCUCUAAAAGACUUCCUGAAGCAUCACAGCCGCUUCAGGAGCCAAGCUUCUGGGCAGCCUCGCUACUGGAGCGCAGACAUGUGGGAUUCCUCAUCGGACGAAGCCUACUGGGAGAGUUUGGCCAGCGUCAUCACCGAGGACAAACUCAAAGUGUGGGAUGCGGCAGAGAUCAUACUGAAAAAGCAAAUGACAGUUCUUACUGAGAUCUCAGAUUGCAUCCCUGAAAUUAAGAGCCUGGAACAGCAGAAUGCAGAACUUCGCAGGCUGCUGCAACGAUCUGUCAACCCAUGUGUAUGAGUAUUUGUGUUGCUUAGAAUUUGUCUUUUUAUGUUGGUGUGAACAUAGAUAGUAUAGACAUAGCGACAAUAA